AUGAAGGAAAGAGAUAGUGGAGCACUCAGAGCCGUGCAGGUAACCCAGCUGGACCGAGACACUGUUCUCAUCACCUUGGAAAGAACUGUAAAGAUCGUGAACCUGCAAGGACUUCCAUCCAGACAGCUGGCUGCAGAAAUAGUCUUUGACUUCCCUAUUGAAACACUAGUCUGCUUGCAGGAUAGUGUGCUGGCGUUCUGGAAGCAUAGCCUCAAAGGGAGGAGUUUCCAUUCAGAUGAGGUAACACAAGAAAUUACAGAUGAGAGUCGUGUGUUCAGAGUUCUGGGAACAAACAGGUAUGUUAACAGUAUGCUGACAAGAGCUAUCAAUCACUGUGAGAAACUAGUAAACCUAGUACAUCAGAAGUAAUCAGGAUAUUAUUUUUCUUGAUACUAUUGCUAAUAGACCUGGAAGCGAUUUUCAGAGUAGCAUGUGGAC